CUCCAAUACAGUAUGCAGUGAAAGUUGUAUUACAUUGAAAAUUUGAUUUAAUAUAAAUAAGGUUCCAUUCUGAUGACCUACAAUAAUUACUAAACUAUACCAGUAGAGUGUUUACAAUCUUAAGGAAGCAAAUACUUAAAAAUGGCACAUAAUUGGGUUCAUAUGACACCAGAUUCACCAAUUCCAACAUUUGCUGUUAUUGGAGAGUCCGACUGUCGUGACGGUUCGACGACUUAUGUUGGGCGUUCCUCUCAUGAAGGUGGCCUAUUUCCAGCUAGAGUUGAUUCGAACAAUCAUUGUGCUUAUGUCAGUUGGGCAGGAAGUGAAAUUAAGAAAACUCACUAUGAAAUCCUGGUUGGUGGAAACUAUAGAUUUAUACAAUACUCAGCUGAUGGGAUACCAUUAAGUGCUGUCCGUGCAGGCAAUACUGCCGAUGGUGAACCACUGUGGGUAGGACGUGGUGUGGUGAAAGGAAAUCUUAUUGUUGGUAAAAUUCACCCUAUUCACCAGUGCCUGUUGGUACCGUUCGAUGGAGAAGAACACCGUUUGGAUGCAUAUGAGGUUUUAGUUCGUGAACCAGCAAAACAACCAUGCCCAACACCAAUACAACCGAAAACUUGCCCAAAUUUAUCACCGACACCGCCUUCAAAUAACCUUCCUUCAAAUCCUGUUGUAACUUGUUCGUACAAUGAGCUUCAAUAUGAAGAUCCUCUACAGUGUCACUUUUCAGUAGAUAGUCGAUGGAAUAGUGUCCCAACUAAAGAUGUUGUCAAUGAACCCCAACCACCAGCUGUUAAAGGUCCAAAUAUUCCCAACAUGGAGGAAGACGAAGGAAAAAAGACUUCAGACAGUGAACGAGCGAUCCCAAAGCCGAAUAACGAUGUUAGUCCUAAAGUCAAAGACACCAAUGAACCAUCCGCUGUGACGACAGCACCAUCUCCACCAGAAGAGAAGGAUUUGACUACCGAUACAGAAGUUGUAACUAAGAUCGAAAUACCCAUCUUAGUCGAUGAGCCCUUCGAAGAAAACUCUUGGUUACUUGGAACAUUCGAUUAUAUACCCCCAGAUGCAAUUGUCGUAGGCGAAGACACUGAUAAAGCUCUUAUCUAUGUUGGUAGAGCGCAAAAUCUUCCAGCUAAAAUCGUUCCCGAGAGAAAAGAAGUUUAUAUUUCUUCAAAUGGAAAAGAAUUCUCUAUUAAUGGUGAAUUUGAGUAUUUAGUUGGUGAAGGUUAUAACUGGGUUAAGGGAAUGCAAUCUGGAAAUAAUAUUCCAAAAGGAACUGUAACAACUGGAGUAUCUGAGAAAGGCCCUGUGUAUAUAGGACGUGGAACUCUUCUCAAUGCAAUAUCUCCAGGUUCUGUGUACGCAGGAGAUUACGCUGUUUAUAUUCCAUACGGUCUUAAGGAACACAGGCUUACUACCUACGAUAUUCUUGUAAAGGAGUAAUAUUUUGUUAAUAAUAAAUAUAAAGCAAAUAAAACACUUUUAAAA